AUGGGCAACAGCAGCUCAUUAAUGCUUCGCGAUGAGGAAAUCGAUGAAAUUGCCAAAGAGACGGAAUUCAACAGGAACCAAAUAGUUCGUCUCUACAGUCGCUUUUUGUCCUUGGAUAAGAAAGGCCAAGGAUUUCUUUCUCGUGACGAUUUUCUUAACGUGCCAGAAUUAGCGGUGAAUCCUCUUGGAGAUCGCAUCGUGGACGCAUUUUUCACUCUAGCUGGAGAAAACGAGCAGCAGUUAAACUUCCGUCAGUUUGUUCGCAUUUUGGCUCAUUUCCAACCAAUAAACCGCUCUAAGAAAAAUGCCCUGAAUGGAAGGACGGAGAAGCUGAAAUUUGCUUUCCAAAUGUAUGACUUGAACAAGAAUGGCUACAUAACUCGAGAAGAGUUUAAAGUAAUCUUGAACAGUAUGGUUGGAGCAAAUAUCACAGCAGAGCAGCUUGACAAAAUAGCUGACAGAACUAUCGAAGAAGCCGAUGGUGAUAAUGACGGUCGAAUUUCGUUCGACGAGUUUUGCAGGGCAAUGGAAAAGACGGACAUCGAAGAGAAGAUGUCAAUUCGAUUCCUCAACUAA